GUCAAUCAAACAACCGAAAUGGCCUUCAAGUUCAUCGUUUUCGCUUUGAUGGUAGCGGCUGCCCAGGGCAGCGGCAUCGGCGCCAACUACAACAGCUUCUCGUACGGCGUGUCUGACCCCCACACCGGCGACGUCAAGAGCCAGCACGAGACCCGCCUCGGCGACAACGUGGUCGGCCAGUACUCCCUGCUGGAGUCUGACGGCACACGCCGCACCGUGGACUACGCCGCCAACGCACACUCCGGCUUCAACGCCGUGGUGCGCAAGGACCCCGCCCUCAUCGCCGCUCCCAUCGCCCACGCCGCUCCCGCAUACGGCGCCUACGCCCGCGCCUCACCC